AUGGCUUCCAUAGAUGUGACCGAAAUUCUAAAGGGAGCUACCGCCCCGUCUGAGCCUCCUAUAAAACGUUAUCGCCCUGCCGCCUCCGAAACAGAGCAAAAUUUGCCAAGCACGAUUGCUUCGACAAACCCACAAGAUAUUCUUGCCGCACUCGAACAACAUGCUGCCCAAGCUGUUACCGUGGAUGAAGCGCACAUCAGGAAAAUCACUCUGCAGUUAGAAAGAAAGACUUUGAAGAAUAGGGAAAUGCGUACUAAGCAUGCAGAUGAUCCUAAAAAGUUCAUGGAUUCGGAAGUAGAGUUGGAUACCGCAAUACAGGAAAUGCAUGUACUCGCAACACAACCAGAUCUUUAUCAUUGUUUUGUGGAAGCCGGAGGGCCAUCUCUCAUGUUGACGCUACUCAGUCAUGAGAAUUCAGACAUCCUCGCUGCUACCGUUAACUUACUUCAGGAACUAACUGACGUUGACAUUUUAAACGAGGGUGAAGCAGGUGCAGCUCAAUUGAUUGAGAGUCUAGCAUCAGGCCGAAUUAUUGAGUCAUUCCUUACGGCUUUUGAAAAGUUGGAUGAGAAGGUGAAAGAUGAUGCUGACGCAAUCCACAAUGCUCUAAGUGUAGUGGAAAAUAUGAUUGACUUCCGGCCAGAAACAGCUGAAGACUGCGUAAAUCAGAAUCUAUUUUUAUGGUUGUUACGGAGAGCAUGUCAGAAAGGACAGUUUGAUGCCAACAAGAUGUACGCUAGUGAGUUGAUCGCACUUCUACUCCAGUUGUCCGAAGCGGCAAAGCGAAAACUUACUGAAAAAGUCGAUGGUAUUGACAUGCUUCUUCGCGCUCUUGCCGCAUACAAGCGACACGAUCCCGAAAACUUGGAUGAACGGGAACAUAUGGAAAACUUAUUUGAUGCGUUGUGCGCUGCCCUUAUGCUGCCAGCAAAUAGAGGCAAAUUUCUGGACGGAGAAGGCUUACAGCUCAUGAAUUUGAUGCUUAGAGAAAGGAAGCAGUCUAGGGAGAGCGCAUUGAAGGUACUCGAUCAUGCCACCACAGGUCCAGAGGGCAAAGAGAAUUGUAACAAAUUCGUGGAAAUCUUAGGAUUGCGAACGCUUUUUCCUCUCUAUAUGCGUACUCCAUCAAAGGUGAAGAGGAAGGACACCACGCCUGACGAACAUGAGGAGCAUGUCUGCGCUAUCCUUGCGUCGUUGCUUCGUUCUUGUGGAGAUACUGCUCGCCAACGAAUGAUGGGUAAAUUCGUUGAGCAUGAACACGAGAAAGUUGAUCGGGCGAUCGAGUUGUUCAUUAAGUAUAAGUAA